AACGCGCUCUGGGCGCUGCGCCCCGCGGAUCUCUACGGGGAGCUGGCUAACUACUUGUCUACAUUCUCAAAAGCUCCAGUAAUAUGCAAAUUAGUUGGAAGAAAAGUUCUUGAUGGAGUUGGUCAGCCAACAUUAGAAGUGGAAAUAUACUGCACAGUUAAAAACAAUGACAAGAGGAUUUGUUCCAGUGUAAUGUCUUCUCAUUCUCAAAUACCUGAAAAUGCUCUACCUGAAACAAUUGAAGCUGAUGAGAAAGAAAGAAUUGACUCUGUUAAUACUGCUGUGGAAUGGGUCAAUGCAUCACUGAACACUAUGUUAAGGGACUUGAAGCCUACUGACCAGUGUCAAGUUGAUAACCUGCUUGGUGAAUACUUUGCAAAAAAAGUAGAAGAAAAAAAGGAAAUUGAAAAGCAAGAAGAAGAAGCAGCAGCAGAAGUCACUCCUGCCCUUACUUCAUGUGCUUCAUUCCCAACACCACCACCUGGGAAAAAAAAACCAGAAAAACGAGGGAAGAAGUUGUCAGUGGCAGAGAGAACUGUCCCACCUGCAGAACCUGUUGAACCAGUGCUGUGUGGCAGCUUAGCCAUUGGAGGAACAUCACUGGCCAUAGCAAAGGCUGGUGCCACCAUUAGCCAUGUCCCGUUGUACUUGCACAUUGCACUGCUGAAACAUGACCAGGAGCCACCUAAAGAAAUGAGUCUACCACUGCCAAUGGUUACUCUGUUGAACUGUGAAAAAAUUGCACCUGCAAAACUGAAAUUAGUGAAAGAAGUUAUGCUUAUACCACCAGCUGAGUUAUCACUCAAACAGAGCCUGGAAAGAGUUCUGGAUGUUCAGAAAGAAAUGACAAGACUGUUGGAGACUCCAGGCAAAGUGCCCACUCCUCAAACAGCAGACAGUAAGAAAGGAAAAACACAUAAUUCAGGGAAGAAAGCUCUGCCACAAGCCUUAAAAAGGAUCUCACGCUUAGGUUGCCUAACAACAGGAUGUAAUAGCCUAGAAGAACCAAUACUCCUAAUGCAAACAGCUUGCAAAAAUCUAGGUCUGGAGCUCGGAACAGACGUGUACUUAGCAAUAAAUUGUGCUGCUCAUGAGUUAAUGGAUUAUGUUAAAGGAAAAUAUGAGAUACUCACAGGCACGUUCAAGAGUCCUGGUGAAAUGGUUGCCAUGUAUGUGGAACUGAUUAAUAAAUUUCCUUUUAUUAUUGCUUUGAUAGAUCCCUUAAGAAAGGAGGACAGAGAGCAAUGGAGUGAGCUGUGCCAUGCCCUUGGUUCCAAAUGUUACCUGAUUGCUGAAGAUGGUGCCACGUGUAUUUCCAAACCUCAAACUGACCAAAAUAUAAACACCCCAAUGUGCAGUGGUGUGGUCCUAAAAUAUAUUAACCAAACCAAGGUGUCAGACCUCAUAGACCUCACUGGAAUUCUCCAUGGUCAAAGACAUAUUACCAUAUUAGGAAGUCCAGAUGGAGAAUCUCCUGAUGACAGCCUCGUGGAUCUGGCUGUUGGCCUGGGUGCCAGGUUUGUCAAGUUGGGAGGUCUUUCCCGUGGAGAAAGGGUGACCAAAUACAACCGCCUUCUUGCUAUAGAGGAAGAACUGGCCAAGAAUAGAACUCUACGUCAAGCAGAACUUGAAUUUAUUGCUUUUGCUGAAGAAUCACAGCCAGAAGAAGAGCUUUGUGAUGUGCUUCCUUCCCCGAAACAGGAUUUGUUGCCUCCACAGCUCUCUCAGCCAGCCUUGCAGGCUCUCAGCCCUCCUGCUGAGCCCCCAGAGAACAGCACACUGAGCUAG